GCUUGUGCUGGUUGCGCCUACUUCUCUGGAAAUGCCUGCCAGCGUUGUGCCGGUGGCUUCAUCCUGCGUGAAGGCCAAUGCACAGCCUGCACCAGUUCCGGUGGCUGGCUCAGCGUGGACGGGAAAUCGUGCAUGCAGCUGGCGGCGAGCGAUUGCAGCGAUGAAAAAGUAAGGGGCCAAUCGAGCAACGAGGCUUGCUGCCAGUGCGGUGGUGGGGUGGUUACGCCGACGCCCUUCUCAUAUCCCAACAGCCGUUGGUCCCUGGACUCCAACAUCGUUCUGAAGCCCGAGCCCCGCACGGCCCUGCGCUACACCGUGGACUCGAAGUGUGAGCUUGCGGCACAUAACCUGACCAUGGACAGCUCCUCAGGAGGGUUUGGG